AUGUAUUCGCUAAUCGGCUCAUUGCUACUAGGCGGCCUGCUUGCGGCAUACACCAUCGUAUAUCUUCUCUCACACUCCCCGAGGCAAGCAUAUCCCGAGGAGCUGACGUAUCGCACUGUCGGGAAGGAUGGUGUCGUUGCGCAACACGCGCUAGAGAGUGUGCUGGAUGAGAAGGCGGGUACAGCCGGUAUAGAGUUGUCGGUGGUGGUUCCGAGCUACAAUGAGACGGGGAGAAUUGAGUCCAUGCUGCAGGAGGCCGUGGACCACCUUCGAAAGGUGCAUGCUGGCAAGUGGGAGAUUCUGAUUGUGGAUGACGGUUCUCGGGAUGGCACCAGUGAGUUCUGUCUGGAGCUGGCUCAGAAGCUGCAAUUGGAGCGAGAGCAAAUGAGGGUGGUGAAGUUCACGAAGAACAGGGGCAAGGGGGGUGCUGUGAGACACGGGAUGCUGCAUAUACGUGGGAAAUACGGUCUGUUUGCAGAUGCAGACGGCGCAAGUAGAUUCAGCGACGUGGAGAAGCUCCUGCGGGCGAUCAAGGAGGGAGAGCGGAUACAACCCGGGAACGUUUCGAUCGGAUCGAGAUCCCACAUGGUGAAAACCGAUGCCGUCGUAAAACGCUCUUUCAUCAGGAACUUCAUGAUGUACGGCCUACACACAUUGGUCUACAUCUUUGGCAUCCGGACGAUCGGUGACACGCAGUGCGGCUUCAAGCUGUUCGACAGGAAGGCCGUGCAGGCGAUUUUCCCCCACCUGCACACAGAAGGAUGGAUAUUCGACGUGGAGAUACUGAUCCUUGCGGCGCGCAAAGGGAUGAAGAUUAGCGAAAUUCCCAUUUCGUGGCAUGAAGUCGGAGGCUCGAAAAUGGUGUUGGUUAAGGAUAGCAUCAACAUGGCUAUAGACCUCGUUGUCAUCCGGCUGGCCUAUAUCUUUGGUAUAUAUGGUGACAAGGCAACGCAUUAG